AUAGGAAGAAAAGUGGGCUUGUGCUUUUUGUGUAUGUUGUCUCUAAGUGGAGGUAUUUCAAGAUAAAGUUCAAACCACGAAAAAUUUCGAUUCAGUAAGAAAGAAACGUCGGACGCACAGGAGUGGGGAUAUGCGUGCAUCUUACUUUUCCGACACCAGGGAUGCUAUGAGAGUGCUGAAGAAGCAGACAGCAGUGAAUGCGAGCGAUCAUUAUUUGUUUAAGAACGAUCUGAAGAGCGCCGAGAUAAGGAAUACGAAAAGGACGAGUGACCGGUGUGAAGAGCUCAAAGGUAACGCAUCGUUCGGGCGUUUCAGAACGAAAAUAAUUCCGUUCGCUGACGUUCCGAACUUGCCGGAGCCAGUGUCGCAGAUUUGAAGAAGCCGGAGUCUUCGGAAUCUACAUUUAAAUAAUUAGACACGUGCAGACGAUACGUGGAAAAUAUCAAGAAUCUGCGGCAGUGUAACCAGAUAUGUAAGCAGGUUUUCAUGAGGAGUUGAUAAGACCUAUCUAUCGUAGUUGCUGACAGUCAGUCGUCUGCACAACGUGGCAAUGUCAACACACGUCAGGAUGGACAUUAUUCUCGUAGUCGGUGUUGUCUUAAGCACAUACCGAGUACAUCAGAGUUAUGGCUAUAAUGCCGAAGAUGUAAUAAACAUCCCCGAAGACUUUUGGCUAGGUAUAGCCACGUCUGCUUAUCAGAUAGAAGGUGCUUGGAACGAGAAUGGUAAAGGUUUAAACAUAUGGGACCGAUGGACUCACGAGCAUCCAGAGGACGUGAAUGAUCAUUCCAAUGGUGAUAUAGCUUGCGAUAGUUAUCACAAAUAUAAAGAAGACUUGGAAAUAUUAAACAAUACUGGGGUUGACUUUUAUCGAUUUUCUCUCAGUUGGUCGCGUAUUUUGCCGAAUGGUUAUUCCAACGUGAUCAACUACAAAGGGCUUCAGUUUUACAAGGAUCUUAUUGACGAAUUGACUGCAAGUGGCAUCAUCCCGGUUGUCACUCUAUACCACUUCGAUCUUCCGGAUGUUUUCGAACAAAUGGGCGGGUGGAUGAAUGAAUUGAUAGUCGAAUGGAUGUCCAAUUUUGCCAGGGUCGUUUUUAAAGAGCUCGGCCCCAAAGUUAAAUAUUUCAUAACUAUUAAUGAACCUUUGGUAUUUUGCGACAAAGGGUACCAGACAGGCGAAAUGGCGCCAGGAAAGAAAUUAGGCGCUAUUGGAAAAUACCUGUGCUUGCAUAACGUUUUGAAGGCACACGCAAAAAUUUAUCAUAUUUACGAUCAAGAAUUUCGUAAACAACAAGAAGGUAAAAUAGGCAUAGUCGUACCUUGCUCCGGUCUGUUCGCCAAAAUUCCCAAUGAUGACGCAGCGACAGACACCUACUUCCAAUUCGAGUGCGGCAUAAUAACGGGUCCUAUAUUUUCGGAAACUGGCGACUACCCGAAGGUAGUAAAAGACCAUAUAGCCGAGAACAGUAGACUCCAAGGAUUUUCAAAAUCGAUUCUGCCGGAACUUUCACCGAUUUGGGUGCAGUUUAUCAAGAAUAGCUCGGACUUCUUCGGACUGAAUCAUUAUACCUCGAGAUUAGUGGAAACGGUGCCGCGAGUGGCAAACCAGUCAUGGUACGACUACAGUGGCGUGAAAGCGAGCAUAGAUCCAUCAUGGCCAUCAACCGCUUCGGCUUGGUUGAAAGUCGUCCCCAUUGGAUUUCGGCAAAUUAUUAAAAAGAUUUCGACAGAAUACAAUUAUCCACCCAUUUAUAUUAUGGAAAACGGCAUGUCCAACGCGAACGCUGAUACUAAUGAUAAAAACAGAAUAUCGUACUUAUAUUCCUACAUGAAAGAAAUGCUGAUCGCCAUGCACGAUGAUGGAUGUAACGUAAAGGCGUACGCUGUCUGGAGUUUGUUGGACAAUUUCGAGUGGUCAAGCGGUUACACAGAAAAGUUCGGAAUGGUACGUGUCGAUUUUGAGGAUCCCAACCGAGCGAGAACUCCGAAAUCAUCGCUGCAGUGGUAUAAGAACGUAAUUCGGACACGGCGACUUUAUAAUGAGAUUUUUGUCGAUAAUCAUACAGUGUUAAAAAUGUGAAUGAAACACACUUGAGACCAGCUCGGAUGUCGCUGCACGUAACGUUGUGUGAUAGAGAAGUCGUUUGCGUAUAUAUUUCCUAUAUUUCUGCGUAUAUAUAUUUUUCGUACAAGCUAGUGUUCCGUAACGGCAACCGCCUAAGGUAUUUUCUAAUUAAUUAUUUAAAUGAGAUAUAUUGAUUUUUGCUCAUGUCCUCUGAUUAAUAUAAUUGUGUCAUGAUUACCAAAAGAAUACAUUGAAAUAGUAUUAUU